GGAGCCCCAGGCUGUGCAGCGCCCCAUUCCCGGGCUGAGACGAUGGCCCCGCCAACCUCGCCGCUGCUGGCCGCCAGCACGCCACUCCUGCACGCUGAGUUCGGCUCAUAUCCAGCCCGGGGCUCCCGCUUUGCGCUCACUCUCACGCCGCAGGCCCUGCAUAUCCAGCGGCUGCGCCCCAAGCCCGAAGCCCGGCCCCGAGGUGGCCUGGUUCCCCUGACUGAGGUCUCGGGCUGUUGUACUCUGCGGAGCCGCAGCCCCUCGGACCCGGCCGCCUACUUGUGCAUCUACACCUACCCACGAGGCCGGCGUGGGGGCCGCCGCAGAGACACCCGCACUUUUCAGGUGGAUGGGGCGGCCACCUACGAGGAGAACCGGGCCGAGGCUCAGCGCUGGGCUGCUAUGCUGACGUGUCUGCUCCGGGGCAUCCCACUGCCCAGGGAUGGGGACAUCCACCUGGAGCUGCUGCCCCGGGCACCACGGCUGCUCCUAUUGGUCAAUCCUUUUGGGGGCCGGGGCCUGGCCUGGCAGUGGUGCAAGAACCAUGUGCUGCCCAUCAUCUCCGAGGCGGGCCUGUCCUUCAACCUCAUCCAGACCGAACGACAGAACCAUGCCCGGGAGCUGGUGCAGUCGCUGAACCUGAGCGAGUGGGACGGAAUCGUCACAGUUUCUGGGGAUGGACUGUUGUAUGAGGUGCUAAAUGGUCUCUUGGACCGGCCAGACUGGGAGGAGGCCUUGAAGACGCCGGUGGGGAUCCUGCCUUGCGGCUCCGGCAAUGCCCUGGCAGGAGCCGUGAACCAGCGUAGCGGGUUUGAGCAGGUCCUGGGCAUUGACCUGCUGAUCAACUGUUCGCUGCUGCUGUGCCGAGGUGGGGCCUGCCCUCUGGACCUGCUCUCGGUGACCCUGGCCUCGGGCACCCGCUGUUUCUCCUUCCUCUCCGUGGCCUGGGGCUUCGUGUCUGACGUGGACAUCCAGAGCGAGCGCUUCCGCGCCCUGGGCAGCGCCCGCUUCACCCUGGGCACCAUGCUGGGCCUCGCCACCCUGCACACCUACCGGGGACGCCUCUCCUACUUGCCCGCCACCGUGGAGCCGGCCUCGCCCACCACCACCGCCGCCGGCCCCAGCCUGCCCCGGGCCAAGUCCGAGCUGACCCUGGUCCCGGCCCCCGUGGCACCCUUGGCGCAUUCGCCCCUGCACCGCUCAGUGUCGGACUUGCCACUACCCCUGCCACAGCCACAGCCCGUCUGCACCUCCCCGGGCUCCCCUGAUGCCCUGCCCAACGGAGGGACCCCCUCCGAGCUGGCGGGCGACUGGGGAGGAGCCGGGGAUGCGCCUCUGUCCCCCGAUCCCCCGCUCCACUCAUCCCCCGGGUCCCCCAAGGCCGCUCUGCUCAUGCCCAUCCCGGAGGGGGGCCCCCCAGCCCCAGACGCGGCCCCCCAGCCGCAAGGGGCCCCCCAGGUCUCCAGCUUCAAGGGCCCGCCCGACGACCUGCUCCCUCCUCUGGGCAGCCCGGUGCCCCCGGACUGGGUGACCCUGGAGGAGGACUUCGUGCUCAUGCUGGCCAUCUCGCCCAGCCACCUGGGUGCGGACAUGGUGGCCGCCCCGCACGCGCGCUUCGACGACGGCCUGCUGCACCUGUGCUGGGUGCGGGCCGGCAUCUCGCGCACCGCCUUGCUGCGCCUCUUCCUGUCCAUGGAGCGGGGCACCCACUUCACCCUGGGGUGCCCGCAGCUGGGCUACGCCGCGGCCCGCGCCUUCCGCCUGGAGCCGCUCACGCCCCGCGGGGUGCUCACGGUGGACGGCGAGCAGGUGGAGUACGGACCCGUGCAGGCCCAGGUGCACCCGGGCCUCGCCAAGUUGCUCGCGGGGCCCGCGGCCCGGGAGCCCUGAACCCCUCCAGGAGCCCACCCGGGGCGGGGCCUGGUGAUCGGGGUGGCCCAGGUGUGGAGGCGCCCCCGGAAAUCCAAGGGGUGAUGCCCGGAUCCCCCACCUGGGCACGGGAGGGCCUCGAAGCCCAGAGUUAGUGCCUGAAUCAGAACCACAAAGCGGCUGCUGCCCACACCCGCGCGCGGCCUCAAGGGGGCGGGGCCUGCCUUAGCCGCUGUCCAAUGGCGGCGCCCGGCUCUACGCGAGAGCCUCCACUCAUUGGCCACCAGUGUAGGGUCCCGCCCUCUCCACGCCGGUGUCUCCAGUCAUUGGCCAAACGGACCGGAAGGGGCGGGACUCCCCUGAAGCCGGCGCUCUUU